AUGAAGCGUGUUGCAGAUGUGUCUGCUCUUGAGGAAGCUCGUGAGAAGGUGCGUGCGCUGCAGAAGAAGGUGCGCUCGACUUCGCGACUCUGUCGGUCAGAGAAGCAAUGCUGGGCAAAUGCUGGUUUAAACCCGCGCCAAUGCAUUGUUUUGUUGGCAGUGUAUGUCUUGAGCGGUUUCAACGUUCUACUGGCCGUCGAGUUCUUGAAAUCAAAAUCGAAGCGCCAAGACAUGGAACAGCCUGAGCAAGAAUGCUUCAUAGAAGAGCUGUAUCUGCGUACCGAGUUGGAAGUUCUGCUAAAGGUCGAGGACCCUGUCACAGCAAAAGAUGUAGGUGUUCGGCGUGAGGCGGUGCGGUUCAUUGCGAACUACAAGGCAAAUGGCUUUGUACAGGAAAUGAACUGCGUGCAUGGGGUGGCACCCACGUCUUUGCGCACUGCACGUGAAUAUCUGGACCACUGUGAGAAGCUGGGUGCGCCUCUGCUGAACAGAAGGUUGCGUGACCAUGUGGUAGAUGCGAAUGGACCGGAGGCAACAUCCAGCACCCGACGCAAUCUGCGCAAGUGGUCGCGGAGAUUUCGAAAGCGCUGGUGUUUGAGGUAUGGUGCAUUGCGGCCGCUGGACGAUUUGCCGGCGGAUGAAAUACAAGCCAAGGUGGGCCUCUUCUGGCGACAUGCAGAUUGGCUUCAAGGCAAAGUGCCAGAGAGCCAAGUGCCUGUUUUCAUCAACUUGGAUGAAACAGCGAUUCAGUAUUCUUACUACAGUGCAAGCGGCUUGGUGUCUUUGACGCUGUCGGAAAAGCCAAAGGUGAUGGUACCCAAGGGUGAUCGACGCGGCGGCAUAACGCAUGUUGCCUUGCUAUCCCCCGUGUUGCGAGUUCAACAGCAUUUGCCACAAGUGCUGAUCUGCAACACGCGGAAGCUUACAAAGACCUUACUCCGUCAGCUUAAUGUGAACAAACCCGACAAUGUCUGGCUUCUUCGCCGAAGGAGCGCCUGGAACAGCACCGACAUCAUGGUGUGGCUCAUCCAACUGAUAGGAUACGUGUUUCGCACGAAGUUUUCGGGAAUGGGCUUUCAGCCAAUCUUGUUAAUGGACGCAGCUAGUGUGCAUUGGGCGCAACCUGUUGUCAGAGUGGCUCGUCUGCAGAGCAUCUUUUUGCUACCAGUGCCCCCCGCUUGCACGCCGUUGGUGCAGCCUUUGGACGUAUACGCCUUCUCACGCUACAAGCAGAAAUUGGAGUGUUUGUUCCGUGAUUAUCGAAUGGCACAACAAGGUCCCGUAACAGCGCAUGCCUGGUUUCACAUCUUGUUUCAGGCGAUUGAUUGGCUCCGAAGCGAGCCGUGGCAUCAAGCUUUUUCAUUGGUUGGGCUUCCCAACCAAGGUUUGAAUUUGCACCAGAAUCUUGCAAAGCAUUUUUCUGGUGGGCGCUUAAGCUGCCAGCCCGGGCGUCUGUCGCCUGCUGAGCUCGCGACUCUCCUACCGCGGCGGUAUAAACUCGUUUAUACCGAUUGGAUCGGUGCUCCAGAGCACAUCAUGCCGCUCCUCGAGUAA